GACAGAGAGAGCGAGAGACAGAGAGAGCGAGAGACAGAGAGCGAGAGACAGGAGAAGAGAGAAAGAGAGAAGAGAGAGAAGAGAGAGAAAGAGAAG